AGCAAAACUAAUUAGCCAUGGCAAGCGUAUGCAAUAGUAAAACCCUCAACACUCCUUUUACAUUAUCCACAAAGUCUUCUUUAGCUUCUACUUCAAAGCCCUCUCAACUUUUCUUGCAUGGGAAACGUAACCAAACCUUCAAAAUCUCAUGCAAGGUCUCCAACAAGGACCAAAACGGUGAAACAAAUUCAGUUGAUAGGAGAAAUGUGCUUCUUGGUUUAGGAGGUCUCUAUGGUGUUGCCAAUGCUGUACCAUUAGCCACUGCUAAUCCUAUACCAACCCCUGAUCUAACUUCUUGUAGUAUAGCCCAUAUAGAUGAAAAAGACGAUGUGGAAUACAGUUGUUUCCCUCCAAAGCCAGAUGAUUUGGACAAAGUUCCAUAUUACAAGUUCCCUUCUAUGACCAAGCUCCGCAUCCGUCCGCCUGCUCAUGCUGCUGAUGAAGAGUAUAUUGCCAAGUACAAUUUGGCCACUAAACGGAUGAGGGAACUUGACAUAAAUCCAACAGAUCCACUUGGGUUCAAGCAACAAGCCAAUAUCCAUUGUGCUUAUUGUAACGGUGCUUACAGAGUUGGUGGCAAAGAGUUGCAAGUGCACUUCUCUUGGCUUUUCUUCCCAUUUCAUCGAUGGUACUUGUACUUCUAUGAGAGAAUUUUGGGCUCUUUAAUCAAUGACCCAACUUUUGGUUUGCCAUAUUGGAACUGGGACCAUCCAAAGGGCAUGCGUUUGCCUCCCAUGUUCGAUCGUGAAGGUUCUUCCAUUUACGACGAGAAACGUAACCAAAAUCACCGCAACGGAACCGUAAUCGAUCUUGGUCAUUUUGGUGAGGAGGUCGAAACAACUCAACUCCAGAUGAUGACAAACAACUUAACUCUAAUGUACCGUCAAAUGAUAACUAAUGCUCCAUGUCCCUUGCUGUUUUUUGGUGCGCCUUACCCUCUGGGAUCCGACCCCAGUCCAGGAAUGGGAACUAUUGAAAACAUUCCUCAUACUCCUGUUCACAUCUGGACCGGUGAUAAUCCUAGACAGAAACACAGUGAGAACAUGGGUAAUUUCUAUUCAGCUGGUUUGGACCCGGUUUUCAAUGUGGACCGAAUGCGGAACGAGUGGAAACAAAUAGGAGGCAAAAGAAGGGACCUGACACAGAAAGAUUGGUUGAACUCAGAGUUCUUUUUCUACGACGAAAACCGCAACCCUUUCCGUGUGAGAGUCCGAGACUGUUUGGACACUAAAAAGAUAGGGUAUGAUUACGCGCCAAUGCCCACCCCAUGGCGUAACUUUAAGCCAAUAAGAAAGUCCACAACAGGGAAAGUGAAUACAAGUUCACUUUCACCAGCCAGCCAGGUAUUUCCACUUGCGAAGCUGGACAAAGCCAUUUCCUUUUCCAUCAAUAGGCCGGCUUCGUCAAGGACUCAACAGGAGAAAAAUGAACAAGAGGAGAUGCUAACGUUCAACAAGAUACAAUAUGAUGAUAGAAUCUUUCUAUGCAUUCAUUUCCAACAAUUUCAACAUGUACAACGCAACUCUAGAUCUCCAUGUCCAAAGGGGGAACCACAUGGACAUAUACCCUGACUAAUACUUUAUUUAAUUGAUAAAGAGUAUUUGGUGUGCAAGUAUCCAUAAGAUCUACGCCAACAUUAUUAUCAAAAUUUUCUUUCUGUUUAGAAAAGUACUACAUUUGAUUCGUCUACUAUAGAUCUCCUAAGAAUAAAAACCCAAUGAUGUAAAAUUAAAAUUGGUAAAAACUUACCCCACACC